AUGGCUCUGGGCUUCAUGUCUAGAGUGGAGGAGUUGCUGGCAUCAAGCAGCAAGGUUGUGUGGAGCUUGGCAGAGCAGACCCUCAGAAGGUGGUCCUCUCAGGGGUUCAUGCCAGCCCGCCGCUUCCUACAGACAUGGUGGCAGCUCGGGGAGUUCUAUCAGAUGACAGAGGGCCGGCUGUGCCAGGUGCACCUCCUGGACAACAGGAAGCUGGACCUAAUGGUCCAGCCGAAGCUCUUGUCCCGAGAUCUGUUAGACUUGGUGUCCUCACACUUUAACCUGAAGGAGAAGGAGUAUUUUGGAAUAUCCUUCAUCGAUGACACUGGUCAGAGUAAAUGGCUCCAGCUGGAUCGCAGGGUUCUGGAUCAUGACUUCACUAAAAAGACUGGUCCACUGGAGCUCAAGUUCCUGGUCAGGUUUUAUAUUGAGAAGAUAACAUUUUUGAAAGAGAAUACAACAGUGGAGCUGUUUUUCCUAAAUGCCAAAUCGUCAGUCUUCAAUGAGAUCAUCGAAGUGGAGAGUGAAAAUGUUUUCAAAUUAGCUGCAUAUGCUUUGCAGGAGGCCAAAGGAGACUACACAAGUGUUGAAAGCUCCAGGUCGGACCUGAACAAGCUCCCGGUUUUACCCACUAGAAUCCUGAGGGAGCACCCCUCCCUGGUAUACUGUGAAGACCGAGUGAUCGAGCACUAUGAGAACCUGAAGGGCCUCAGCAGAGGGCAAGCAAUUGUGCAGUAUUUGGCCUUAGUGGAGUCCCUCCCUACAUAUGGAGUUCAUUAUUAUCCAGUAAAGGACAAGCAGGGCCUGCCGUGGUGGCUGGGAGUCAGCUAUAAAGGCAUUGGACAGUACGAUUUACAGGACAAGUUGAAACCUCGGAAGUUGUUUCAGUGGAAGCAGCUGGAGAAUUUGUAUUUCCGUGAGAAGAAAUUUGCUGUAGAGGUGAACGACCCUGACAGAAGGAUAGUUACCAGGCGUACAUUCGGGCAGACUGGAUUGGUCAUUCACACGUGGUAUGCCAGCCACUCUCUGAUUAAGACCAUCUGGGUGAUGGCCAUCAGUCAGCAUCAGUUCUAUUUGGACAGGAAGCAGAGCAAAUCCAAAGUUACCACGGCCAGAAGUUUGGGUGACAUCGCCAUGGACCUGACGGAGAUUGGAGCACCCAGGAUCAGUAAGCUGUCCAGCAUGGAGAGUAAAGACCAGCUCAUCAUGGCCAGCAACGGAUCCCUCAUCUCAGCAGGGUCAGGAGACUCUGAUGUGAGCGAGGAGUUAAAGAAGGAGAAGAUUGCUGACCUGAAGAAUAAAGAGAAGGACUUACAGGACUCUCUGACUCAGAAACUAGAGGAGCUCAAGAAGAUCUGCCUGCGAGAAGCUGAGCUGACAGGCGGGCUGCCUAAAGAGUACCCUCUGGACUCGGGUGAAAAGCCCCCUGCGGUGCGUCGGCGCAUGGGGACAGCCUUCAAACUGGACGACCUCUUCCCUUAUGAUGCGGAUCCCCAUCUCAGAAACCUGGAGAGCAGGUUUGCCCUGCAGCAGAAGAUCGUGGAGGCGGCCAAGAAACUGGCCAACGAGGCUGAGCUCUGUAAGACGGUGAAGAAGAAGAGGAGGAGGAACUGCCUGGACGCCAUGAGGAAGCUGCAGGAGAUUGAGGAGGAGAUCAACAAAUACAGGAUCAAGACGGGCAAAAAGCCCACCCAGAGAGCAUCAAUAAUCAUAGCAGAUGAUGUGAACCUUGCAGAACUCAGCUCACUGUCCGACAGUCUUACUCUGGACGAUGACGAGGAUCUGGGAGGCCAAAGGCAACAGUCCCAUUCUGUGCAGUACUCUCCCCGGCCCCACCACUCAGAAACCCUGAGCCUCCACUACCAGUCUGACCGACUGGCCUCAGCCCACGACCAGUCCCAGGACCUCAGCCCCAACAGCAGGUCAGAUGACGACCCCCAGAAUUUCCGUCAGCGGAGUGGCAGUCUGGAGUCCCAGUCUCAAGAGACCACACCCCUGGCGCCAGCGUACGUCCCGUUCCGCCGCAGCAACAGCACAGAGGUCCUGGACGAUGGCUCAUCCUACACCAGCCAAUCCAGCGCGGAGUAUACAGUGCCUGGGAACCAUACCCACCGCCCCAGGGACCGCCGGCGUGGCAGGAAGGGCAACAUCUACGCCAACACGGGCAGCAUGCCCAACUUGGCACAGGCUGAUGCCUGCUACAACACAUACCAGCCCCCCCGUGCACCACGACCCACCACCACAGCCUACUAUGUGACGGGCUACCCCAGCUACACAGAGCCAGAGCCCUACUCUAACGGAGUCUACAUGUACAACAACGAGUUAGAGGGUCACUACAACGUUAACCCUUCGUACCACGCCGCGCCGGCCUACCACGGACAUGAUGCGUACAGCAGUCGCUAUGGUGACGACGAGAUGGACGGUAUGGCUCAGAACCCCUACGCCACCCUGAGGCCGCCCAGGAACCGUCAAGCUCUGCCCAGGACGGAACAUUUGACCAAGAACAUCCAGAAGGCGCUGGUGGCAGAGCACCUGAAAGGCUGGUACCACCGGAAUGCAAGCCACAAGCAACCACAGGCCUACGACUACAACCAGAGGGGUUCCCAGCAGAGCCUGGGUUACCAGACCAUGCCAGCUCCCUACAGCAGGAACACAUCCUACUCCUCAGUCUCGUCACAGCAGUCCUCCACCGCAGGAGGCUGGCGCGGUCACCUGGGAGGGGGUAUGUCAGAGUUCCACAUGCCCCUACCGGUGCAGCAGCCUUACCCCUCCUACGGCACCGCUCACUACAGCCACCACGCUCACAACAGACCCAAUGUAGAUGUGAACCAAACAGAAACCUACAUCAACAGCCAAACGAACUGCAGCUUGGAUCCAGAUGACCAGAGACUUUACUGGCAUGAGGGCUCCUCCAAACCUGGAACUAUAGUGUAGCAGUCAGGGCCAUCAACUUUCUCAACUUCCACUUUGUGACGCUAACAUGUGCCUUGGACUGCACUUACCUGCUUUUCUGGAUGGAAAAAGGAUCCAAAGAAUCAAAUAUCAACCACUGUGAAAUUCACACAGGGGAGGACCUUAAGUCUAAGUACAACUGAUUUGAGUUCUCAUACACGGAAUUGCCAAAGUAGGUCCACCUGCGUACGUUCUCUGAAAGCAGAAUUACAACACGGUCACCUGAUCUGAAUGUUCUGGAUUGCUAGGGGGGUAUGUGUCUGUGCACUGAGUUGCACUUGGUGCUGUGGCUGGUUGGGUUAGUCUGAGAGGCUGGCAUGAGGAUGGAGGAUAAUGAACAUGACUUGUCCUGCAAGAUUGAUAAUUGGGCAAGCUGUAUGCUCACCAUUACAAUGACAGAUCUCUCCAAUAUUGACACUUUUAAAUGUUGAAAUGAAGGAUUGAAAUUGGAUUUUGAGUGUGAAGAUGACUAGCAAUGGCGACCUGCUGAAACGUUCUCCAGUCACUACUAAUUUCUAGAGCCCAUUCUAUGAUAGUGUUUGCAGAUACUGUACAGCACUUUGUGCUAUUUGUAGGUUGUCAGUCUUUUUGCACCAGCCAUUUAACACAGUAUUUGGACCUCUCUCUUGUUCUCAGUAAUUUGAUCGUCUUUACUGCCAAAUGCUUCAGUCUAACCAUUAAAGUCUAGACUCAACCAUGUCAGCUUUUAUACUUUCAAAGACCAUGUUAACACUUUAUCAGUGCCGGUUAUGUAAUACGUCCAGUCUAUUACAUGGCUUCAUUUUAUUGCUCAGUGCAGUGAGACAAAAUGUCAGUUUUAAGUGCUUAUUGCAUCCCAUGCUGGAAUCCAUGGACUGGUGCUUUCCAUUCCUCUCAAGAAGGAAUUUGUAUGUACAUGUUGAUAAUGUAAAUAGAUUGUAUAGAACUGUUUUUGGAGCAUUUUUUAUAUAUUUUAAGAAGCAUGUUAUGAAUAGUAAACCAUCACAUUUGUCAAGCUGGUUCUUAGUCGUUUGUAUAAUUUGAAAUGCGUUUGAAUUAAAACAAACAUUCUGAGCUAUGUCCUCAGUUUAUUCA